AUGCCCCAUCACAUGGGUACAUAAAGCUGCAAAUUUAAUGCGCGAAAAAGCUCUCUUAUAACUUGUUCGGGAGAAAUUCUAGCCACAUUCUUUCUCCAAGUUUGUUUGCUUGGACGCUUUUUCUCCAAGUUUCUUGAAAGAAUGAGGCUUGUGUUGUUCUUGGUCGCGAUCACAACGAUCAUACCGCGUACCAAUGGGCAAUGCACAUACAUGGUGGAAGUUUUCACUGGCGAUCGCGAAGGCGCGGGCACCGACGCCGACGUCUUCCUCCGCCUGGCCAACUCCGCCGAUCAGUCCCUCAACUUCCAGCUCCAGCGCCCCGGGAACAACUUCGAGCGCAACGCCGUGGAUCGAUUCGUGGCCACCAACGCUUGCAUCGGCCGGAUCUGCAAGGUGGAGGUGACCCAGAACGGCAAGUACCCGAGCUCCUCGUGGUACGUCAAGGGCCUCAACGUCUCGGUGAGGCAAUCCGGGAGCAACAAGUGCGUGAGCCGCGAGAUCUUCACGAUCGAUCAGUGGGUGCGAGACCCAGUGAUGGAGCGCGCUGGGAAUGGAUUCAAGACCAAGUAUCACUGGAUGCCGGCUUCCAAUUGCGACCAUGGAGCGCUUCCCAAUCCUCGCUGCUAGAACGAAGCUCCAAUCCAGGGCCAAGCAAAGUCUUAUCCUUGUACGUAGUGGUGGUGUCAGUGAUUGAAGGGGGAGAAAAAGAGAGAUCCCGGGGAAAAACUCUCGGAGAUCUAGUUUAUAAUAGUGUUACUUUCGUGUCAGAGGAAGCUUUAGCGCUUUGGGAUAUGGACAAGCUUUCGUGAUCUUGACUAAGAUAAGUUCCCCAAAAGCUUUGCUCUCCAUAAAUUCCGAUCCUUUGACAUGGAUUCUGUACAGCGAAUUUGCUCGUGUUCUUGUUC